CUUUUAAGACAGUCUUAAAUGCAAGAAUCGACUAUGAAUACCUGUUUCGCAUCGUGAAAUUGGUACUGAAUUUUUUCUUAUUUGACACACUUUAUGUUUCUCUUUGUAUAGAAAGAAAACCUAAGAUGCAUUAUAACAUAAGAUAUUAUUAUUAUUUAAGACGAUUUUAAAAUAAGAACAAAUUAUGAAUAUCGCCCCAUGUUUUGCGUUGCACCCUAUUGACGACGCAGAGUAAAAGUAGGCGUGAUCUGGCUGAACUGCACACAUCAAGACUGUGUUCGGGCAGCGCGCUAUUUAUAUCAUCAUACUAUCCUGGUUUUAUGUUUAAUAGAUGAUAGAAGAUAGACUGACACAAAUAGCGCUAAUGGCGUCUCUCCAAAUACAGCCAUGUAAUCUUUCCACCAUGAAGUUAUGCCAACUCUGAUUAUAGGAUCUCUAUUUAGUGCUAGAGAUCCUAUAAUCAGAGUUUGACGAAAGCGGGCACAACUUCUGAUUGAUUCUCUACCUUGAUCCACUUGGUAUUCUUCGGAUAGUACAUACAGUGUCGGAAAACGAGUACAAAGAAAAGAAAGAGAUAGAUAGCUACAAACAGAUGAGUAGAAGCAGUGUCAAAGAAGUUAGAAAUUGUUCCGAUAUCUCAAACGAAGAGAAAAUUAACAAAUUAUAAUUGCACAAUUCGAUUAAUUGAUUAACACUCGAUUAGUUACAUGACAUUUUCCCGAAAAACUAGACUGAAAAAUGUUGGUAGUAAGUUCAUAAGUUUGUGAUAUGUGCUUAUGGACAAACUUAUGGACUUACUACUUUAACAGUGUUAUUUAACAGUGUUAAUCCGUACAAAUUAAAAUCAUGUUGCUUAAGAGUUUUUGUUAGUAUCAAUAUUUUUCAGUCUAAUUUUUCAGGAAAAUGUCAUGUAACCACUUAGUUUCUUCAGGUAUUGUCGUUAGGUAUUCUAACACUUUUUGCGCAUGCGUUCAUACGAAAAAGCAACAUCUGUUAUCUCUUUCUCCGCCAUUUUUGAUUCACAUUUGCCAAACUCUGAUUAUAGGAUUUCUAUUUAAUGUAAUAUAAAGACGACAUUUAGUGCGAUGUUACUAGCGUUUUCGGUCCGACUGGGUUUGCACCAACUUGGGUUAGAAAAUUCUUCGCUAUUGGUUGACGUUACACGCUCUAUCAAUAAGAGAGCACGAAACAUCAUUCCUUCAAUCCAAAUUAGUGCAAACUCGGUCGGGCCGAAAAUGCUAUAAGAAAGUUGAUGGGACAUCUGUUUCCUUCGGGAAAAAAUUGAUUGACAGGUGUGAUAUAUAAGUCCUGGCGCGAGAGAACAUGGUGUCUUUCCACUUUAUUUUACUGUGCUCCAAGAAAUUAUCUUAUAAUUAUUGGUGUGAUUCCGGAGUAAUUGAUCAUUCUUGUAUUUCGGUAAAUUCGGAGUGAGGCCUAAUACCGUAUUCGAGGCAGUUAGUAUAUUUGAGAUUUCAGAGUAAUUAUUUUUGUAACCGGAAAUCGGAGCACUGGUGGAAGAACAUGUUGUCGCUGAGGUUAAAUGAUGAACAUGUGUGCUGUGCUGCUAUAAUAAAUGAGGAAUGGGCUGUGACAGCAGGUCAUUGCAUGAAAAUAACUGACGAUCCUAUAAAAGAGAUUACCUUAUGUAGUGGAUCUUCCAUUCUUUAUGAGAAUUGUACCGUACAUAACGUAAUCAACUUUUUCAUACAUGAAAGCUUUAACAACGAUAUCAAUGACUAUGACAUCGCUGUUAUACAAGUAACACCUGCAUUCAUAUAUAAUGAUCAUACUAAAGCGGUUGACUUGGCGUCAAAUAAAAAUGUUCUUAGGAAAUGGGGUAUAGUCUGCGGUUGGGGAUUCUAUCUGAAAGUCCAAGGUAUUAUCGAUCCAGUUUUGGCGAAAACUUUACAGUGUGCAAUAGUACCACGAAUAAAUAAAUGGACAUGUCAAAAAGAUUAUGUAAACAGAUAUAUAGUGACAUCUCGAAUGACAUGUUAUGGAUUUCAAGAAGGAGGCAUAGACGCUUGUCAAGGUGAUUCUGGAGGGCCAAUAGUGAAUACUAACAAUAUCCUCCUCGGCAUAACUUCGUGGGGAGACGGUUGUGCUGAAAAGAAUUCGCCUGGUGUAUAUACAGAUGCAAUAUUACUUCGACAUUGGAUUAGAAAUAAAACCGGCAUGGAAACUUAAAAAAUUCACUAUUAUAAUAAGUAAUAUAUUUGGAAUCCUCAGAGAAAAAGUUUGCUAUAAUCGCUAAUCCUUUGCUGUAACGUCAAAUUCUAUUUGUGAAUGUAGGGAUCGCAAAAUUAUUUGCAGGUGCAACAAAUAAAAUUUG